CAGGCGGUGACUCACUACGUCUGUUCUAGCCACCAACAUGUACGCAGCAGUCGACCCCCAAGCACACCAAGUCGGCUCCGCAGCGCGCUGUGACGACCGCGAAAUCGCAAGUCACCACAGAGUACUCGUUUUUGGUCUCGAAGAGCCGUACAGGCCGCGAAAGCGCCACGAAGGACACCACCAUUCUCACCACCACCACGGCCGUCACGGGCAUCACUCUCACCACCACCAUCAUCAUCAGAGAGGCAGAACACACGGCAGCCAUUCAAAGUCCGGAAAGGAGGGCCGAGCGCGGCAUCGUUUGACCGUCGAGGGACAAGACUCGUCGCCGUUAGGUAGUGACGCGAGUCCGAAUGAGCCACCGAGUGAGCGAGUCAAGUUUAUUAUUGGAGAAGACAAUGAUAUGAACGACACUCCGACUGUGUUUACUGAGCUUGAAGAAUUGUGUGAGAACAAAGAUCACAAAUUGGAGUGGAAAGAGACGGCCAGAUGGAUAAAGUUUGAAGAAGACGUUGAACACGCUGGUGACAAGUGGAGUAAGCCUCAUGUAGCAACGCUCUCUCUUCACAGUCUAUUUGAAUUGAGACACUGCAUACUGAAAGGCAACGUCAUUCUCGACUUGGAAGCCACCAAUUUGGAACAAAUUACAGAUGUUAUUCUGGACCACAUGGUCGCUUCUCGUCAACUCGAAGAAAUCCAUCGUCAUCGUGUCCUCGAAACCAUACUACUAAAACAUCGUCACUACGGCGAUCACCACCACUCCCAUCACCACAAAGGCAUCCUGCAAGCCAUCAAAGGCUCAUUCGGUCGACAUCUAGACGAACUAGACCAAGGCAACUCAAGAACCGGAUCACAUGCCAGUUUGACAGGAACAUCUGGUGAGAAUGCUGGAGAUCAUGCAGAUAAAGGAGACGGACACUCACGAAACAUGUCGUCAGCCUCAGGACUCACACAUCAGGCAAAGGAGCCAUCCUUGAUGAAAAAAAUUCCACCCGGCUCUGAGGCUUCAAACGUUCUUGUCGGUGAGCUUAACUUCCUUACUGAGCCGCUCAUUGCGUUUGUUCGAUUGCACGAUGCCGUCACUCUCGGUGACCUCACGGAGAUUCCGUUGCCCACACGAUUUAUUUUCUUGUUGUUGGGUCCGUUGGGUAGCCAGCAGGCGAAUCAUGAGGUUGGACGUUCGAUAUCGACGCUUAUGAGUGAUCCUUUGUUUCAUGAUGUCGCGUAUAAGGCGAAGAGCAGGGAAGACGUGCUUGCUGGGAUCGACUUGUUUCUAGAUCAGGUUGUCGUCCUUCCUCCUGGAGAAUGGGAUCCUACCAUUCGUAUUGAACCUCCUAAACAACUCCCAUCAGCCGAAGAAAGAAAGAAAUCAUUUUGUCAUCCCCCAAUGCCCUCAGCUAUAGACCAACCCAAACAUCAUGCCCCCACAGGUCACAAGAGAUCAGGCAGUAAUGCUGGUGCUGGAGGGGAAGAUGGAGGAGGUGAUGGGAAUGUGACAACAGCAAGAGUUGGUGAUGGAGGUAAUAACAAUCAGGAGGAUCAUGCCGAUCCAACUCUGAAGAAAACAGGAAGGUUGUUUGGCGGUUUAAUCGCAGACGUUCGUCGCAAGGCUAAAUUCUAUAAAAGCGACUUUGCUGAUAUAUUUAACCUGCAGAUCAUCUCAUCGAUUAUUUUUAUUUAUUUUGCUGUGAUCUCUCCUGCAAUUACGUUUGGUGGUUUACUAGGAGACAAGACGGACAACCAUCAAGCUGCCUUUGAAAGCGUCCUAUCUGUGUCCAUUACUGGCAUCGUCUGGUCCUUUGCAGGUGGCCAACCAAUAAUCAAACUCGGACCCACCGGUCCAAUGCUCAUAUUCGAAGAAAUUCUAUACGAUUUCUGUAACGGCCGAGAAGGCCUCGAUUACCUUGCAUUCCGUUUCUGGAUCGGCGUGUGGACGACUCUUUUCUGUCUCAUCCUCGUCGCAACGGACGCGUCCGUACUCGUUCGCUACGUCACCCGCUUCACCGAGGAAACAUUUUCCGUCCUCAUUUCCGUCAUCUUCAUAUACGAAGCCCUAAAAAAAUUGGCAGAAAUCAGUUCGAAGUAUUCGUCCGCACCGUGUCUCAACUGUGUGUGUAACUGUACGGUGAAUGGCACCACCGUGAAUGGCACCACCAUGAACGGAUUCGUCGUCGCCAUGUUCCCGAUGCAAACGGCCAACGCGAGCUGCAACGACUUCGGCACAAUGAACAACCUGACGACGACGUCCGUGUGCCCUGAGAUUACCGGCUUUCGAGAAGUCUUCUUUCUGUCUGUCAUUCUGAUGUUUGGGACGUUCUUUCUGGCUCUUUACUUGAAGGGCUUCAAGCAGACUUCGUAUUUGCCCGCACGAGCUCGUCAGAUCGUCAGCGAUUAUGCGGUUGUUGUUGCCGUCAUAUUUUGGAUUGUCAUCGAUGUCGCGUUUUCGGUUGAUACUCCGAAGUUGAGUGUGCCUGAUAAGUUUCAGCCGACGAGGAACGAUCGUGAGUUUGUGAUCAGUCCCGUGCCGUCGGGGUUUCCUGCUUGGGCUCCGUUUGCUGCUAUUUUGCCGGCAUUGCUGGUGACGAUACUUUUGUUUAUGGAUCAGCAGAUUACGGGGAUCAUUGUUAAUCGGAAGGAAAACAAGAUGAAGAAAGGGGCUGGUUAUCAUCUUGACUUGUUUAUAGUUUGCAUCCUUUUUUUUAUCUGUUCCCUUCUGGGUCUCCCAUGGGUCGUCGCUGCUACAGUUCAGUCAAUAACUCAUGUCAACAGUUUGCAAGUAUUCAGCAAGACCCAAGCACCCGGAGAACAACCAAAGUUUUUGGGAAUCAGGGAGCAGCGUGUGACUUCACUCGUCGUCUCAAUACUUGCCGGAGUUUCACUUCUCAUGACACCAUUACUGAACAUCAUUCCCAUGCCAGUAUUGUAUGGCCUGUUUCUAUACAUGGGUGUGGCCUCUCUUCAAGGUGUUCAGUUUGUUGAACGUGUGUUAAUACUUUUUAUGCCUCCGAAGUAUCAGCCGGAUCGUUACUAUAUUCGUCAUGUUGUCAAUAAGAAGAUACAUUUGUUUACUUUGAUUCAGUUGGUUUGUCUUGGAGCUCUUUGUGUGGUCAAGCUCACGCCGGCCGCGAUUGUGUUGCCAGUGUUGGUACUCAGUCUUGUGUUGGUGAGGAGGCUGAUGAACUUUCUAUUCCACAAAGAAGACUUAGAAAUACUAGAUGAUCAACUACCCGAAUUCAUCAAGAGAAAACAUGCAGACGAAAAGAAACGAAAGGCUAAAGGUCGCAACAUGUCUCACACUCAACUUGUUCCUACUGCUGCCAGCAAUGCAAGCAUUCAAAUCAACAUUUCAGCCGAAGUCGAUCAGUGUUCUGUAUGGAAGCAUCUGAACGACGAAACAACCGUGAGGAAUAGAAAGCGGCAGCAAGAGAAUGGUCCCGGGCCGCCGGUUAUUGAAGAAGUUACAGAAACACCGACAAUUGUGAUUGAGCCUUCAGUUUCGACUUACCACGAAUCUUCAGUUUAAUUAAUUAGUAUGUAUAAUUAUUGAGUAUUGUGUAGGAUUGGUUUUUCUUACGAAUUAAUUCAUUAGUGAACGUAUAUUGUACUUUAGUGUUUAUUUUGGCUAGUAGGCCGAGUGUCUGGUAAUUGAAAAAUAUUUAGUGGGUGUAAUUGAUAUUAAUGAAAUAUGCUUCGGUGAGAAAACUAAACGUUUGUAUGUUUUUUAGUGUAAUUGUAAGGUUUACUGCCCGAAUUUCAACUGAAUUGUGCCAGU